CGGGUGCCGGCAAAUUUAUGAAGUUUCUAGUUGUAAACGGGAAGGUUUUAUAGAGAUUUGUUUUUAUUGCUAGAUGAUUAUUGUGUUGGUGGUUAGUGUUGUGAUCCAGUGGGUGUUAUUGUAGAAAAUGAGCCCCCGCCUUUUAUCAUCAUACAUUUACUAAAAUGAAGAAUACCAUUCAAUAAUUAAAUUAUUAAUUUAUGAGUAAUACCUGUUGAUCCCAGCAUAAGCAACUGUAGUGUAUAAUUGUCGUCCAUUGUUUGUGUAAGAGCACCCCCUACAGGCCCGGAGUACGCCACUGCCUUCGGGGGGAAAAAAAGUGACGCCGAUACAGUGUACACACUCUCUAGCCGGAGCUGAGGCGGUGGGGAGAAUCGCCUUUCCUUUCCUUUACUUUCUAUUCGUUUUUAUAAUUUACUCAUAGGGCGUCAGACUUGUCUUUUACUAUCAAGGAGCCAGUAAACCGUCAUUAAUGCUUACGCCGCUCUCUGCUCACGCGGCUCUAUUUUGACAGUCGAGGGUGCAGUGAAGCACCACCACCAGCACUACCACUACCACCACCACCACCACCAGCAGUAGCAGUAGCAGCAGCAGCAGCAGCAGCAGCAGCGCCAAGCAGCUAGCAUUAGCUAGCAUUAGCCCUGACUCCAAAACCUGAAGGACUCCUCACACGGACCCUCCAGGGGAAAAAAGGUGAGGUUAAAGAGCACUGAUCGAUGCUACACGCUCCUUGGGUAGAGAUUGAACGUGAAGCUCCAUCUUUAAAGUCCCAAGGGAUCCUGAGUCCAAGUCCGACCAUGUUACUGCACUGAGACCCGGGGAGAGAAGCGAGAGGCCCCAGAGGACCCCCUUUGCUGGCCUGUUGAUGUGCCCUGUCGUCCUCCCUCUCUGACUGGCUGGUUGGCUAGCUGCUCCCUCUUCAGUUCACCUGCUUGCUUCCAACCCUGAAGGCUAAGGCUGACUAUGGACUGCACUUUGCCUCCUGCUGCAGUCCAACCCAGUACACUGCCUUAGUGGGUUCUUCACAUCAUCCUACUCUGAGUGUUUCCCAUCCACACUUAGUGUAAAACGUGCGAUCUGAUACCACCUGGAGCAACUUCUGGGUCGUGCACCCAACCUCCCUUCCCCCCGUCUCCCACCCUCUCCCUCUCCCAGAAGAAGAUGUCAGUCAGCCUGACAGCAGACAUCCAGAAGGAGGGAGAGAGUGGGUCACUCAUCGAGCCCUGCGGUCGAGGCAAGACCUCCCCUCAACCACAGGGCACCAAGGAAGGGACAGGAGAGGGUCUGGAGCUUGAGGAUAGCACCCCGCAGGAUGUACAGAAACGCACUCCAAACCACAGUCAUGGCAGGAAAAGGGCCAAGUCCAAUGCUAAACUGAAGUUGGUCAGGAGUCUGGCAGUAUGUGAGGAAUCGUCUGGUCUGUUCUCCAAUGAUGGCCCUCCAGAAUCGGAUAUCAUACAGCUCCACAUCAGCUGUCCAUCAGACAAGGAAGAGGAGAAGUCCUCCAAGGAUGAAUAUGAAAAUGAAGAAAAGGAGAAGAAGGACAAGACUCCACGGAAGAUGUUGUCCCGGGACUCCAGUCAGGAAUACACUGACUCCACGGGUAUCGACGUUCAUGAGUUUCUGGUCAACACACUGAAGAACAAUCCCAGGGAUCGAAUGAUGCUGCUCAAACUAGAACAAGAUAUCCUGGAAUUCAUUAAUGAUGACAACAACCAGUAUAAGAAGUUCCCCCAGAUGACGUCUUAUCACCGUAUGCUGCUGCACCGCGUGGCUGCUUACUUUGGCAUGGAUCACAAUGUGGAUCAGACGGGCAAGGCUGUCAUUAUCAACAAGACAGGCAACACGCGCAUCCCUGAGCAGAGGUUCUCAGAACACAUCAAGGAUGAGCGUAAUGUCGACUUCCAGAAGAAGUUCAUUCUCAAGAGAGAUGAUGCCAGCAUGGACAAGGAUGAUAAUCAGAUCCGUGUGCCGCUGCAGGAUGGGCGGCGUAGCAAGUCCAUCGAAGAACGAGAGGAAGAAUAUCAGCGGGUACGGGACCGAAUCUUUGCCCGAGAAGUGUCCUUUUUCUUACAGUCCUCUCAGAAUGGAUACAUCAAUGACAACAGACUUUCCACUGAAGGCUACUGCUCUAGCUCUCAAAAGAGGAGGCAAAUCUUUAGAGGGAACCGCGAGAGCUCCAGCCGGGCGUCAAGCAGUCGUCAGAGCAGCACGGACAGCGACAUGAAAUGCUUGGAGCCACGGCCAUGGAGCAGCACCGACUCGGAUAGUUCCAACCGCACUCUGCGGCCUCCCGUCACCAAGGCCAGCAGCUUCUCCGGCAUCUCCAUUCUCACUCGAGGGGACAGUCUUGGUAGCAACAAAGGCUCGCAGGGAAGCUGCAAAGGCUCUCGAUCCGGCCUGCACCUAGUCAGUCCUGAUGUGUGUUCCCCACCUGUAGCCUCCCAGUCCAGCCGUAGCCUGCUUCCCUGCCCGACGCAGCAGCCGCAGCAACCCCAGGCUCUGCCUCAGACUGCCCUGCUGCCAACCCCGCAACAACACCCCAUGGGUAACCACAUCAUUGCUCAGCCGGUAGCAUCUCUGCAGCCCUCUCAGCCUGUCUCCUACUCCAGCCCCUCCUGCCCCCAGGUUCUCCUGCCAGUUUCUCCUCCUCAGCAGUACACAAUGGGAGAAGAACUGGCACCCCAGUUCAGCCAAAUGACGCUGAGUCGUCAAGGCUCCAGUGAGAACCCCGAGCCUGCCCCCUUGUAUCAGGCUACUCCAACGGUCCUGUCCCAGCAUCCCCCUCCCCAGACCAGCUACAUCAUGGCAACCACCGGCCAGCCCUUGCCUCCGCCGUCUGGCUACCAACCGGCCACAGGACAUCCCCAUCCUCCACCGCCGCCGCCGCCACCUCCGUCUCAGACAGUCAUGCAGGCACCUCCUCCACAAGGCUACAUGCAGCCCCCUCCCCCCCAGCAGAUCCAAGUUUCCUACUACCCCGCUAGUCAGUAUCCCAGUUCAGGCCAGCAGUACCGUGUGGCCCAGCCCAUGUCCCACCAGGUGUCUUACCCUGCUCAGCGUACACAGCCCAUGCCUCAGCCCGCACAGCAGUCAGGUCUACAGACCAUGAUACCCAGCCAACAGCCAAGCUACCAGGGCAUCAUGGGGGUGCAGCAGCCGCAAAAUACAGCUCUGCUCAAUACCCAGAGAGCUGGCAUGGGAGGGCAGAUGCAAAGUAUCAUGGUUCAAUAUCCACAGAUGCCAUCCUAUCAGGUGCCAGUGGGUAAUGAGAAUCAGCAAGUGGUGCAGCAGCAGUACCAGCAGCAGGUGAUGGUGCCGGUCAGCCAGUCGGUUCAGGGCCCCAUGCCUGUUUACUACAGUGUUAUUACACCCACCCAGCAGAAUAGCACAAGCCCAUCAGUAGGAUACCUGCAGCCCCCCAGCUCUGAACAGUAUCAAAUCACGCCAUCACCGUCCCCAUGCAACCCUCAACAGUUGCAACAGCAGUAUUCAGGAGUCCCACCUCCUGGCCCUGGAGUCAUGGUCAUGCAGCUCAGCGUCCCCAAUGGACCACAGCCUUCCCAGAAUCCUCCACUGGUCCAGUGGAACCCAUGCAAAUACUACAGCAUAGAGCAGAGACCCGGAAAGGCUGGCGAUCUCUACAAACCUGACAACACUCCACAGGCCAGCACCCAGCUGACGAGUCCUCUGGCCUCGCCCACCCAGUCUCCCACACCGUCUCCCUCUGGCAGCGUCAACAGUGUCUGUCCGGGCCUGGGACCACUACCCCUCAUUCCCCAGUUUCCACGGCCAGGUGGGACAGCUCAAGGUGACGGCCGCUACUCUUUAUUGGGACAGCCUCUCCAGUACAGUCUGUGCCCUCCUCCCCUUAUGCAUGGCCAGUCUUCAUACACCUCCCAUCAGGGCCAAGGAGUGAUGAAACACAGUGCACGGGGGAAGAAACAAACACUUAAAUCUGCAUCCACUGAUCUCGGCACCACAGAUGUUGUGGUGAGUCGAGUACUUGAAGUAACGGACCUGCCAGAAGGGAUUUCGCGUCCAGAAGCUGAAAAGCUCUUCAACCAACUGUCCAUGUGCGGCGCAAAGAUCCAGUGGCUGAAGGAGCCUCAGGGAGGCCGAGCGGGAGGUUGCGGUCCCCCAGGGGCCGGCGCGGAGGGCGGCCCCAUGGCCUGCAUGGGAGCGGUGAAGGGCGACGGCAACGACCCGGCUCACCUGUACACGGUGGUGGCCGUGUUCCCCAGCACCAUGGCUGCCCAGAGUGCUUCCUUCAAACUGAACAACAGCUCAACCGGCCUCUUCAAACUGAGGGCCGCCAAAAAGAACUACGACCUGCGUGUGCUGGAGAGAGCCAGCUCUCAGUGAGAACAGGAGCUGGAGGAUGUGGACCACACACACACAUGGACUCUGGACGGAGUGGCGGAAAAGGACGUAGGACUGUGGAGGGGAGGGGCUGCUCUUUGUGUACAAUUACCAAGAAAAAACUUGAUAAGUAAAAGGUGUCAAAUGUAUAAAAGGGAAGAAGGUGUGAAUCAUCAGGUGGUCGGUGUUUGCUUUCAAAUAUGAUUUUGUCGUUGGUUUUUAAUUCCUCGUUUCCUUUUGUUUUGUAUUUAUAUAGCAGAAGAGCACACAAGACACGCAAGCAUGUGUUUCACCUGAAAUUUGUGCUGCCGUGGUAUGAAACACACAACCCCAUUCACAUACACACGCAGGCAACAGGGUCACGUAGCACAGAAACAAGUGAAAACACACACACACACUGGACAGUCCACCCCGGUCAAACCUUUCCCUCUUUGUCCUCCUGCCGACCUCCGACCUGCACCUUCUUUGCAUUUUUUCUCUUCGAGUGCCGACCAUCCUGCCCGUGUCACAGAUUUCUACAUUUUUGGUACGCACAGUUCUGCAUUCUCUCUCUGACCACGUCUCUUUCAUGCUGCUCCUCUGUGGCUCUCCUGCACUCUCUACUCUACUGCUUUCUGUUUGCCUUACUGCUGUUGUGGGGUUCCGUAUCGCGCUCUUCUUUUCGCUGAUGUUUCUUUUUUGGGGGGGGGGGAGGGAGUUCAAUAUAUUUAUAUAAGUGAUGUAAGGAAUAAAGAACUCUAUAUAUUCAGUGAUUUUUUUUUUCUUUCUUCCUCCCCGAGUGAAAUUUUGGCCUUUUUUUUGGGUCCUUCUUCCCUUUUUCAUCCCCCGCCCCACAGCCUCACUUCUCCCGCAACAGCCCACCCCCUGACUCCCCCCCCGACCCUCUCCCUUCCCCUGUGUUUGCGUUUUUUUGUUGACAGCUGUGCAGAAAGUAUCAGAAAAUGUAGUUGAAGUGCACAAUGAUUGCAUAUGUCUACUGUAAAUUUUAUUUAAUCUGUUAUUUUUUUGUUUGUUUUUAAAAAUAUAAAAGUUGGAAAAAUCUAAGAAAA